AUGGGCGGACACGGAGGGUUGAACAUUCUCCCGCAAAAGUCCUGGAACGUGUACGGUCGGAAACAACGCGAACGCGUUCGAAGAGACGAAGAGCAACUUGAACGAGAGCAAAGAGAAGAAGCGGCGCGAAAAGAGGAGGAGGAGAAAGAGAAGCGGUUGCGAGCGUUGCGAGGAGAGAAGGAAGAAGAAGAAGAAGAGAAGGAGAGUGGGCGAGAAGGACGCGUAGAGAGUGUGCACGAGAAUAAACACGUGAACUUUUUCGAGGAGCACGAAAAAGCGCUGGCCUCAUUGGAGAGGAAACAGAAAGCGAAGAAGAGCGAGGAGGACGAGGGGAAUCGAUUAGGCGGGAGCGGGACGCACUUGAGGCAACCGUGGUACGCGAAAUCGGAUGCUUCGUUUUACGACGACGAAGAUGACGAUGACGAUGACGAUGACGAUGGUGGCAAAAAGCACCGCUCGUUGCCGAAAAGAAUCCGAAUGCAAAGAGAAGAAACAGAACGCUUGCGAUUGGCGGAUAAGGAACAACCGUUUGAAAAUCGUCCGACGCUGACAAAAGUCAUGCUCAGGGACGGAUACGUGCCACCCUCGGAAAGAAGGAGAAGAGAGAAGAGGGAGAAGAAAAAGAAGAAAGAUAAAAAGAAAAAGAAAAGGCGGCGUUCGUCUUCUUCUUCCUCCUUCUCCUCCUCGGAUGAUGAGACUAAAGAGGACGAACAAACGCGCGCGUUGAAAAUUCAAAAAAUGAGAGAGGAAAGGGCGAGACGCGAAAUGAAGGAACGCGAACGUGCGAAGAGCGUGUUCACGAACGCGACGAAGAAUCCAUUCGCGUAA